AUGGAUAUGAAUGUUGAGAAUGUGGAACAAUGCGGUGAUUAUCUCAUAAUUGAAGAAGUGGUUGAAGUUACGAAGGAUGGAAAAUUAUUAUGGGAUGAGUCACUCAUUGAAAAAUUCGUGAAUAUUAUGGUGGAAGAAGUUAAGGCUAAUAAUCGUAGUGGCACAACAUUUAGUAAAAGUGGUUGGAAUAAUUUUCUCAAAGAAAUGAAUGUUCAAAAAGGGAGAAAAUUUGGUUUAACCCAACUUCGGAAUAAGUUUAAUGGUUUGAGGAAAAUUUAUUUCGUGUUUAAGAAAUUAUUAUCGGAGACUGGCAUGGGAUAUGACCAUGAGACGGGCAUGGUUAUAGUUGAGGAAGAGAGAUGCGACAGGUUGUGCAAGGUUGUUGCGAAUGCAAAUAAGUUUAAAAAGCAUGGAUGUAAGCAUUUUGAUAAGAUGUCGACUAUAUUUGGGGACACAUAUGCAACAAGGAUGCAUGCCCACCUGUCCACUACAGCAACCCCCGCAAUCAUUUUGCCCACUCCCAAUGAUGAUGAUGAUGAGGAAGAAGGUUGUGAUGUCAGUCUCCCACCUUUACGUAAAGGUAAGAAAGCCAAAAGAUAUGGUUUAUCUCCUAGUAUAGCUGUACUCUUGUAA